AUGAAGAAGAAGAAGAUCAUGUCAGAAGACCCAGCUGUUGCAUGUAGUUUCACUUUGUUUAUAUUCUUAAUUCUGACUACAGUUCUGUUAUUUACAGGUAUUAUUGUGGCCGGAGAUUGUUUAGACAGAGACAAAGAAGUUCUACUGAAUCUGAAAUCAUUCCUGGAAGAAAAGAAUCGCGUAAAUCGAGGAAGAUACUCAGAAUGGAAUGCUGACAACUCGACACCAUGUCAGUGGCAUGGAAUAUCUUGUUCUCCUGAAGGACAAAGAGUCAUUGGAAUAGACCUCUCUGACAACUAUAUUUCUGGUGAAAUGUUCAAUAGCUUCUCAGCCUUAACCGAACUUCAAGAACUUGAUCUCUCAAGAAACACCAUUGGUGGAGCCAUACCUGACGAUUUGAACCGAUGCAGUAGCCUUGUGUACCUCAACUUAUCACAUAAUAUCCUAGAAGGAGAGCUGAACCUGACAGGGUUGAAUAGUUUAGAGAAGCUUGAUUUGUCUAUGAAUAGGAUUCAUGGGGAAAUUAAAGUUAAUUUUCCAGCAAUUUGCAGGAGACUGAUUGUUGCAAACCUUUCAACUAAUAAUUUCACGGGUAGAAUGGAUAGCUGCUUUGAUGAAUGCUGGAAUCUGCAGUAUCUGGACUUGAGUUCUAAUGAUUUUGUUGGCAAUAUAUGGAAUGGAUUUGCAAGACUUGUGGCGUAUUCAGUUUCUGAAAACUUUGUUUCUGGGACACUUUCAAGAUCAAUGUUUACGAGUAAUUGUAGUUUGCGGAUUUUGGACAUUUCAGAAAACAAUUUUCAAGGUGAACUUCCGGGGGAGAUUUCAAAUUGCGAGAACUUGGCUAUCUUGAAUAUAGAGGGAAACAAAUUUAUAGGGCCAAUUCCAUCAGAGAUGGGGACGAUUUCGACUCUUAAAGGUUUGUUCUUGGGGAACAACUGUUUUUGUAGGUUGAUUCCAGAAUCCUUAUUGAACCUGACGAAAUUGACCUUUUUGGAUUUGAGCAAGAACAAUUUUGGUGGGGAGAUACAAGAGAUUUUUGGGAGAUUCAAACAGUUGAGGUUUCUUGCAUUAGACGGAAAUUUAUACACGGGAGGGAUUGGUUCUUCUGGUAUUCUCAAGCUACCAAACAUUUCUCGUUUAAGCCUGAGUUGUAACAAUUUCUCAGGCCCAUUACCUCUUAUAAUAUCUCAAAUGCAUAGUUUGAAUUUCUUGAUGCUUGCCUACAAUCAAUUUACAGGUGGUAUGCCCCCUGAGUAUGGAAACUUGCCGCAGUUACAAGCCCUUGAUCUCUCCUUCAACAGGCUCUCUGGAUCAAUCCCACCAGCCCUUGGAAAAUUGAGCUCUCUUUUAUGGUUAAUGCUUGCAAACAACUCCCUUAGCGGUGAAAUUCCACCUGAGAUCGGAAACUGCACUAGCUUAUUAUGGCUAAACCUCGCCAACAAUCAACUUUCUGGAAGAAUCCCUCCUGAGUUGGCAAAGAUUGGGAGUAAUGCGACUCCAACUUUUGAGUCAAAUCGGCUACGCAAUGACAGCAUGAUUGCUGGUUCUGGUGAGUGCUUGGCAAUAAAGAGGUGGAUACCAGCAGACUAUCCACCUUUCAGUUUUGUAUAUACAAUUCUCACAAGGAAGACUUGCGGACACAUAUGGGAUCGGUUGCUUAAAGGAAGUGGCCUUUUCCCAAUGUGCACUCCAGGUUCAAUGGUGAGAACAUUACAUAUCUCAGGUUAUCUUCAACUUAGUGGGAAUCAGUUUUCGGGUGAGAUCCCUUCAGAUAUUGGAAUGAUGAGGAAUUUCAGUAUGCUUCACUUGGGUUUCAAUGACUUCAAUGGUAAACUGCCUGCACAGAUUGGACAGUUGCCACUUGUAGUCCUAAAUAUCACCCAAAACAAAUUUUCAGGAGAAAUUCCAGCAGAGAUUGGGAAUCUAAAAUGCUUAAGGAAUCUAGAUUUGUCAUACAAUAAUUUUUCUGGCAUAUUUCCAACAAGCUUCAACAACCUGACUGAACUGACCAAGUUUAACAUUUCAUACAAUCCGCUCAUUUCUGGUGUAAUUCCAUCAACUGGGCAAUUGGCAACGUUCGAGAAAGAGUCCUACCUGGGUAAUCCACUACUGGAUGUUCCAGAUUUUAUUGACAACAGAACAGAUAACCUGCCAAACCAUAACCAGAGGCAGAAAAAAUCUACAAAGUUGGCUGUGCUUGUGGUGUUAUUAGCUCUGACACUGGCCUUCUGAGAUCUCGGGGUUGUGUUGUACCGAUUGAACUUUUUAUAUAUAUAUAAAGAAGAUAGAAGGGAAGAAUGAAAGGUUGCAUGUAUUAAAAUUAGAUUCUUAAAUUUGAAUGUCCCUCGUUACAAAUGAUUGUAUGAAUUAACUAAUUUUUAUAUUCAAUAAAACGG